AUGAACGGUCGACUCGCAUCUUUCCGAGGCCCUUCAACGCCUACUUCAUCUCCUGUUCAACGGCAACCUACGACCCCAAAGUCCCCAGCCAGAGCCACCGAGACAACUUACCAUCGAAAGCUACGGGCGGGUUUACUCGAAUUACGCGGAAUAACAGAAACAUGGGAUGAUCUCGUGCUCGUCGACGGACUGAAGGCUGCAAAGAGCCUCGUCGAUACAAGAACCGAACUGGACAAUGCCCUUUCACUGAUUCAGGAUCGACGGCCAAGGACGCGUAUAGUCGGACCGAAACUAAUGAUCAUGGACAAGCGGAUAUCCGAGCUAGAUGCAGUCAUAGCGAAGCUACAAAAACAGUUUCGCAGAAUGAAUACUGUUAUCGACACCCUGGAAGGCCUUGUUACUGAAGCUCACAAGAAUAAAGGUUGGCACUGGGUGCAGCAUGAGCCACUCUGGGUGACAUGGCCUCUGAAUAAAUUUGUGACCUCUUUGCCAGACAUUCUGCCUACCUAUCAUCGUGAACUCAUCAUACACAUGGAGCUUGUCGAGGUCCUCCGAAGCCAUUCCAUUUCUUUCGACGACUCUCGCAACGCCAUUACGAAAUGGGCCGAGCAACUAUGGAUAGAAGUUUCAGGCUGGGAAGCCAAAUGGGAGGAUGUAUGCGCUGCAGAGGUUGAUCGAUGGGAGGGUUCAUGA